GAAGGCGGAAGUAGGAGUUCUUCGGUGCUUCCGGUGUGGCUGAUGAUGUUCGGUUGGUUUUCAUCAGCACUCAUGACUGUCGCUUUGUGCAGUUCUCGCGCUUAUGGACUCUGUUUUUACCAGCAAAAACGUUUAAGAAAUCAACAGGUCACAGAUGAGAGUUUUCUUUGAGGGUCUACCUGUUGCCAGAUCUUGUUGAGGGUUGUAUGCUGGUUAAUGCAUAGAGGAAAAAGGGUGAAACUUGAAGACGAUACUGAAGGUAGUUGGAAAAGUUUUGCAGCUGUCAGAAUGACCGCAGUAGAUGACAUCUCAGACAGCACGGAGGUUGUGGAAAUGGAAGACGUCCCCUCCCAGUUUUUUGUGGAGAAGCACUCAUGGGAUGGCUUGCGUGACAUCAUUCACGGCAGCCGGAAGUACUCGGGAAUGAUCAUAAACAAGGCACCCCAUGACUUCCAGUUUGUUCAGAAGCAUGAUGAGUCCGGCCCUCACUCGCACCGGCUCUACUACCUUGGAAUGCCCUAUGGGAGCAGAGAAAACUCAUUAUUGUACUCCGAAAUCCCAAAGAAGAUACGAAAAGAAGCCCUCCUGGUGUUAUCAUGGAAACAGAUGUUAGAUCACUUCCAGGCGACUCCACAUCAUGGUGUGUAUUCACGUGAGGAGGAGCUUCUCCGUGAGAGGAAGCGUCUGGGGGUCUUUGGCAUCACGUCCUACGACUAUCAUGCACAAAGCGGCCUUUUCCUUUUCCAAGCAAGCAACAGCCUUUUCUAUUGCCGUGAUGGCGGCCAUAACGGCUUCAUUCAGGCUGCCCCAAUGAAGCCUGUGGAAAUAAAGACUCAGUGCUCAGGGAUUCGCAUGGACCCCAAGAUCUCUCCCGGUGAUCCCAGUUUUAUUGCCUUCAUAAAUAAUAAUGACCUGUGGAUGACGAAUAUCGAGACUGGAGAGGAGCGCAGACUCACUUUCUGUCAUAAAGGAUUGAAUAAUGUCAAGGAAGACCCAAAGUCUGCUGGUGUCGCAACCUUUGUGAUUCAAGAAGAGUUCGACCGUUUUACGGGAUACUGGUGGUCUCCGGCUGCUCCUGAAGAUGCAGAUGGAGGCAAAACGCUCCAGUUGCUGUAUGAAGAGGUUGAUGAAUCAGAAGUAGAGAUUAUCCAUGUGCCCUCACCAGCUUUGGAGGAGCGGAAGGCAGAUGUAUAUAGAUAUCCUCGCACCGGAAGCAAGAACCCUCAAAUUAGCCUGAAACUAGCUGAGAUUCGAACUGACCAGCACGGAAAGAUUAUUAGCACACAAAACAAGGAGCUUGUUCUCCCAUUCACAACACUCUUUCCUGGGGUUGAGUACAUUGCGAGAGCUGGAUGGACAAAAGAUGGCAAAUUUGCUUGGGCAGUGUUACUAGACCGCAGUCAACAGAAGCUUCAGUUAGUGCUGUUACCACCUGCGCUCUUCAUAGCUGCGAGUGUGGAUGAUCCGCAGUGGGAGGAGCAUGUGGAAGCCAUGCCUGAGGGAGUCCAGCCCUUCAUCAUCUAUGAGGAGAUCACUGACGUCUGGAUCAACGUCCAUGAUAUCUUCUAUCCCUUCAUUCAAACAACUAAUGACAAGAUCACCUUCCUGUGGGUGAACGAAUCACAAACGGGCUUCUGCCAUUUGUACAGAAUAACCAGUCUCUUACAGCCAGGCUGCCAGCAGUGGUCCAGAGAAUACAGUCCUUCAGAAGAUGAUUUUAAAUGCCCGAUAGAAGAGGAGGUGGCUUUAACGAGUGGAGAGUGGGAAGUCUUGGCUAGACACGGCUCAAAGAUCUGGGUCAACGAAGACACCAAACUGGUGUACUUCCAGGGCACAAAAGAUACUCCACUUGAGCACCAUCUUUAUGUUGUGAGCUACGAAUCUCCUGGAGAAAUUGUCAGACUUACUAAGCCGGGCUUCUCUCACAGCUGCUCUGUUAGCCAGAACUUUGACAUGUUCAUUAGCCACUACAGUAACGUGAGCACUCCGCCAUGUGUUCACGUCUACAAACUGACGGGUUCUGACAGCGACCCCAUACACAAAGAGCCGGAGUUCUGGGCGAGCAUGAUGGAGGCUACAGGUUGCCCGGCUGAUUAUGUCCCUCCUGAGAUAUUUAGCUUCCCUGCCAAUUCCGGUUUCCGCCUAUAUGGAAUGCUGUACAAACCACACAACCUGAAACCAGGCAAAAAACACCCCACAAUCCUGUUUGUGUAUGGCGGUCCACAGGUGCAGUUAGUAAAUAACUCCUACAAGGGUGUGAAGUAUCUGCGUCUGAACACGUUGGCAUCUCUGGGAUAUGCAGUGGUGGUCAUUGAUGGAAGAGGGUCAUGCCAAAGAGGUCUUAAGUUUGAGGGGGCCCUUAAAAACAAAAUGGGGCAGGUGGAGAUUGAAGAUCAGGUGGAGGGGCUCCAAUUUGUGGCAGAGAAGUACAAGUUCAUAGAUUUGAGUCGCGUUGCCAUUCAUGGUUGGUCUUAUGGUGGAUUCCUCUCUCUCAUGGGCCUCAUUCACAGGCCAAAUAUCUUCAAGGUGGCCAUAGCAGGAGCUCCCGUGACAGUGUGGAUGGCAUACGACACUGGCUACACCGAACGCUACAUGGACGUGCCUGAAAAUAACCAGCAGGGAUAUGAGGCGGGCUCCGUCGCCCUGCAUGUCGACAAACUUCCCAACGAGCCAAACCGAUUACUGAUUUUACAUGGGUUCCUUGAUGAAAACGUGCACUUUUUCCACACCAACUUCCUGGUGUCUCAACUCAUCCGUGCAGGAAAGCCAUAUCAGCUACAGAUCUACCCCAACGAGAGACACAGCAUUCGCUGUCCUGAGUCCGGAGAGCACUACGAGAUCAUGCUACUGUACUUCCUCCAACAGCACCUCUGAUAAGGGCCUUCUCCAUUCUCGUCCUCCUCCACUUCCUUCAGCAGCAAUGACAGAAUACGGCCCUCACUGGUCCCUGAACCCAUCUUUUGCUUUCUUGCACUCUUUCUGGAAGGAGUGUCUUUGCAGCAGCCAGAAACAGACUUGUCCCCAAACUCUGUGUAAUUUUGUGCAUGUCGGCACACUUUUAACAGAAAGGACACGUCUGAGAACGGAGAAGAACCGAAGUAGCUCAUUAACCUCAUUAAACAGAUAUUGGAUUAUGUGCCACACCUAGGUAAUGUUUCUUUUCCGGCUCCCUUUGGAACACUGAUUAUGCUGCCAAAUGUGUCUUUAUUUUUUAAAUUUGUAGUUAGUGGCUUGUCAGAAUACAGAGACUGGAUUUCUACACAUACAUACAGAAAUGCUCUUACCACCCCUCCCCCCUUUCCUGUUAACUGCUCAUUUAACUUAAGCUCUUUCAGUGCUAUGAAUGCAGUCGUGUUUCGGUCCAACAUGAAUUCCAGCGUCACUGUUAGCCAUGCUCUUGUGGCUCUCACGUAAGGACACCUCACACUACUACCUGCAGUUCAUAUUUUAAGUGUGUAUUAUUAAAGGAACAUAUUUUUUAUGAA